UGUGGUGGAUUGUUAAAGUAUAUGAUAUGAUAUAAGUACAUGUUCAGAAGCAACCAGUUGACGAAAUUUACUUGUCUUUUCACACCUCUAGUUCUCAGUAUCUGAAAGCUUAGGCUUAGGCUUAGGCUAAGGCUCAGCCUCCCCUCUUUAUUCAGAAACCAAGACAAGAUAGUUAAAGCAUUGAAACGUGUGUUAUGGGUAGCAUUGAGAGGGAUGCAGAUCCCAAUCAGCCUUUGUUGAGGGACGUAGCGGUAGCUGGAGAUCAUGAUGACCAAGACAAUGAAAAGUUAUCAAUAAGAGUCUGGAUUGAAUCGAAGAAGCUAUGGCGGAUCGUUGGCCCGGCAAUAUUCAGCCGGAUUUCAGCCUUCACCAUGAACAUCAUCAGCCAAGCAUUUGCCGGACACCUUGGUGAAGUUGAACUAGCAGCUUUAUCCAUAGCCAACACUGUAAUUGUUGGCUUCAAUUUCGGCCUUCUGCUUGGAAUGGCAAGCGCAUUAGAGACACUUUGCGGCCAAGCUUUUGGAGCCAAAAGAUACCACAUGUUAGGCAUUUACAUGCAAAGAUCAUGGAUUGUACUUUUCCUAUUCUGCUUCUUGCUAUUACCAGUUUACGUUUUUGCAACCCCAAUUCUGAAAUGGCUGGGUCAGCCAGACGACGUCUCAGAGAUGUCAGGGGUAGUUGCUGUGUGGUUGAUACCACUGCACUUCAGUUUUGCUUUUCAGUUUCCAGUGCAGAGGUUCCUGCAGAGCCAAUUAAAGAACCAGAUAAUUGCUUGGGUAUCAUUUGUAGGACUGUUGGUGAAUAUAUUCACCAGCUGGCUGUUCGUUUACGCACUAGAUCUUGGUGUUAUAGGGGCGGCUAUUGCAUUGGAUAUCUCUUGGUGGGUGUUGUUUUUCGGAUGUUUCGGUUAUGCUGCUUUGGGUUGGUGUCCAUUAACAUGGAAAGGCUUCUCUAUGCAAGCCUUUUCUGGCCUUUGGGAAUAUACCAAACUCUCCAUAGCUUCUGGGGUCAUGUUAUGCUUGGAAAAUUGGUACUACAGAAUAUUAAUAUUGAUGACUGGACAUUUAUCAGAUGCGACAAUAGCUGUGGAUGCCUUAUCAGUGUGCAUGAGUAUUAACGGAUGGGAAAUCAUGAUUCCUCUUGCUUUCUUCGCUGCUACCGGCGUGAGGGUGGCCAAUGAACUGGGAGCCGGGAACGGCAAGGCCGCAAAAUUUGCAACAAUAGUGGCGGUAGUAGAAUCCACAAUAAUCGGCCUCAUCCUCUGCGUUUUGAUAAUGAUACUAAGAGAAAAGGUGGCUUUGAUAUUCACCUCCAGUGAAGAUGUCCUUGAAGCUGUUAAAACGCUUUCCUAUCUUUUGGCAGUCACCAUUCUCCUCAACAGCGUUCAGCCAGUUUUAUCAGGAGUGGCUGUGGGGUCUGGAUGGCAGGCGACGGUUGCAUAUGUAAAUCUUGGAUGCUAUUACAUAGUAGGACUCCCACUAGGAUUUCUGAUGGGCUGGGUGUUCGAUCUGGGCGUUAUGGGUAUCUGGGGAGGAAUGAUCUUUGGUGGAACUGCUUUUCAAACGGUCGUGUUGUCCAUUAUAACUGCAAGAUCCGAUUGGGACAAGGAGGCUGAAAAGGCAAAGCAACGAGUCCAGAGGUGGUCGAGUCCCAACCCAGACAAUGACUCAGAAGACCAAAAUAAGUAAUCGCACUAGACAUUAAUCGUGGUGGUUUUUCACCGGCCACUGGGAUCUAAUUUUGAGCUUUCUUUUUAAUUUGAUGUACAUUUCAUUGUCCACCGCAUGAAUUUUUGAGUUAUUGCAAUAAUUCUAUGCAAUUAAGUUUUGAACAAAAA